CCGCCGCCCCUCGCGCUGCUGGAGCCGCCUCAGAGCGGGCGGCGCGGGCUGAGGGACCCGCUGGAUCAUGGCUGAGCAGCGGCAGGACAAGGCGGCGCUGAUCAGCGAGACCCGGCGGCGUUUCGAGGCGGAGUACCUGCCGGAUAAAUCAGAUAAAUAUGAUUCUAGAGAUGUGGAAAGACUUCAGCAAGAUGAUAAAUGGGUUGAAAACUAUCUGAUCUGGCGUCAUGAUGUUGUGGAUGAUACUUUAAAGAUGAUUGAUGAAAGCUUUCAGUGGAGGAAAGAAUAUACAGUUAAUGACUUGUCAGAAUCUGUCCUUCCAAAAUGGUUAUUUGAAAUUGGUGCACUCUUCCUGCAUGGAUACGAUAAAGAGGGCUAUAAAUUAUUUUGGUUCAAAGUGAAACAUCAUACAAGAGAUCCUAAACAACAACUUGACAAAAAGAAACUGGUAGCAUUUUGGUUAGAACAUUAUGCCAAGAGAGAUCAUGGAAAGCCCUUAACAGUGGUAUUUGACAUGGCUGAAACUGGAAUCAGUCACAUAGACUUGGAUUUUGUUCGGUUUAUUGUCAACUGUUUUACAGAUUAUUACCCAAACUUCCUCACCAAGAUAGUAAUAUUUGAAAUGCCAUGGAUAAUGAACGCUGCUUUUAAAAUCGUGAAGGGUUGGCUUGGCCCAGAUGCAAUAAGCAUGUUAAAGUUCACAAACAAGAGUGACAUACAGGAAUACAUCAGUGGAGAGUAUCUGCCACCUCACAUGGGUGGAACUGAUUCUUUCAAGUACAGUUAUCCUCCAUUGGUUGAUGAUGAUUUUCAAACUCCUUUAUGUGAAAAUGGGCCCAUUACUAAUGAAGAUGAGCAUGAAAGUAAAGAAGAGCUAGAUGCAGACACCAAAGAGACGGGGGAGCUCAGUGAAGCGCAAAAUCUUAAUCAGAAAAAGAUGAAUUCUAUAGAACAGAUUUCCAAAUCAGAGGAAACUGACAAAACAGAGGUCAAACCAAAAAAUGCAAAGAAAGCAUUAACCACUUUUAAAGGACCUUUAUUACAUAUCAGCCCCGCAGAAGAGCUAUAUUUUGGAUCCAAAGAAACUGGAGAGAAAAAAUGUUUGAUAGUUCUCACAAAUGUCACUAAAAAUGUAGUGGCUUUUAAAGUGAGAACAACUGCUCCUGAAAAAUACAGGGUUAAACCCAGUAACAGCAGCUGUGAACCUGGAACAUCAUUGGAUAUAAUAGUCUCUCUUCAUGGUGGUUUUUCAGCUUCUCUGCAGGAUCGUUUCCUUAUAAUGGCAGCAGAAAUGGAUCAGUCUUCUGGAGCAGGUGCACCAGAACUGACCCAGUUUUGGAAAGAUGUCCCUAGGACCAAAGUGAUGGAACAUAGGCUCAGGUGUCAUGUCAUAGAAAGCAGUAAACCUUCUUCUCUGACAUUAAAAGACAAUGCAUUUAAUGUUCCAGCAAAAACAAAUGAAGAUUUACAUGUACAGCUAACUCGUUUACUGCAAAUUAAUAAAAGACUUGACGAGCAGAUGAAUCGCUGCCUCUGGUUCCAGCAGUUGUCAGUUGUGUUAUCUUUGCUAUCAGUUACUGUCUCUGCCUUCUGCUUCUACCUGGCAUAUGCCCAGAGAAGCUAAAGAGAGUUGCUGUGCCCUGGAUGUGCUGCUGCCUAUCAUGGUGCGUUGGAGUAGAAGAGAUUGCAGUGCUACACUCGGAUUCUGGACCUGCCAAAAUGAGGUUUGUGAGCCUACAGCAAUGAACAAGAAUACAGUUUGCUGGGGAAAAAAAACCAAAACAAAAAAACAAACAAAAACACACACAAAAAAACAGAAGAAAUGAAUGACCAGCAAAUGAAAUUACUGAAAUCACUGUCUAAGCUGACACUUAGAAUAGGGUGUGAGGAAGAUGUUAGAGCUAGGGCCUGUUUUCACUGUACAACUCAAUAAAAACUACUGAACUGGAAGGAGGAAACCACAUACAAUAUUUAAGCUGUUUAGAUUUUUUUCCUCUUUUCAACUACUUUGAAUACAGUAUUUAAUUUCUUUUUGUCAUAUUCAUUCUUACAUUCUGAAUUACUCAUUGAAGAUAUAGGCAGUCAAUGUAUUCUAAGGUUAAUCUGUUCAUUCAGGAAAAUUUACAGGCAUUAUGUACUACAGGCAGAUUUUUUUAUAUAAUCUGUGUACAUGCACAUAUAAAGGAAGAUAUUUGUUGUUAGUAAUUCAGACUCACUGCUUUCAUUGGUUAAAUUCCUUAUUAUUUUGCUUCUUCUGAAUGCAAAGUUACUGUAAAUAUUUCUUACCAAGUAACGUACAGACAAGAUACUAUUCCUAUUAUUUCUUUUUUUUUGAAAGGAACUUGUGUUCAAGUUGCAGAAGGAGUGUGAGAGUUGCCUUUUGGACUGUGAUGGCCUAUUAUUAUUCAUAAAAAGGCUAUUAAAUAGUCAGUGUAAGAACUUACUCUGAGUUGUGCAAUAUGGUUAAAUUACAGAUAAAUUUAUGAAGAAAGCCAGUCAAAUCAGGAAUUAAGUAGUGUAGAAGGCAACAUAAAAGUAUUAUAUCUGCCAUUUUACAGAAACUUGUGAAAAUGGUGUUUGAAGCUAGUGAGAACUUGGUUAACAAGAAUUCUUUGUAUUCGUUGCUGUAAAUAUGUAUAUUGAGAUGAUGAAAACUUAAAAGGAGACUGAUGGUAUCUUUCAUACAUUUAAAAUUUUCACUUUUAAAGAGAUUAAAAAACUUUAAAUAAUUCCAUUACUAGAAUUAAUUUUUGCUACAAAUUGGCUUUGUAACAGAUCAUUUAGUUUUGUCUGCUGACCUCAAUAGAUGAGAAGCAAUUAUUGAGGAAAAAUAAAGAUCAUACUCUGCUUCUGUCAUUUUGCUUACAAUGUGUUGUUGAUCUAGGAUCAUCUCUGGGAAAUAGAAAAGGGCAGUUUAAAAUAAUGCAUUAAUAAACAGAUUAACUAAAAAGCCAGUAAUGUGAUUACUAAAAAAAAUACUAUUUAAAAAGAAAGAUUACAGAAAUGUUUGGUGCAGAGUCUUCUGUUCUUCCUUAAUUUAUACAGUAUUUUACCACAUCUGCAUUUUCUUCAUUUUUCACUAAUCUCAUUUCUGUUCAGUUUGUUUCUCCGUAUUUUGUUUUCCUAGUGAGUUGGCAAUUUAUAUUAUUCACUGCUUAUUAUGAAUCUGUUACUUGGGUUAUUUUCAUGUGCAUGCAACUCAAAUGCUUUGCUUCCAAAAAAAUGGGUUGUUGUCUUAUUGAGAAAGGUAACGAAGUAAUUUGUAACAUUAAGAUAAUAAUAACCACGCUAUUAAAAUACCAAUUCCUAAUUUGGAGUGGAUUGAAUAGCACUUUAUUGUAAAAUUGCAAGAAAUAUAUUCUUAAGAGUCUUUGCCAAUAUGAAUAUUUUAAUGUUUUGGUGCUUUCAUAUAUUUCAGUAUUUUAUUACUUAUUUUGUUAUUGGUAUUUUCUUUGUAUGAUGAAUCAGAUGAACAUCUUUUCUAUUUUAAUAUGUUUUAGAAAAAUACAGUUAAAAAAUAAAUAUGAGGAAAUACAUAGUCUUGAAUCUUUAGUCUUUUAAACAUAGCUGCAUGUCCUGAGGUUUUCUUGUUAGUCUGCAGAUAGUUAAUAUGGGAGCAGUGAAUAUGGUAAUGACUGUUGUAGUAGUCUGUUGUUGAACAGAAGCUGUGAUGAUACUUGUUAUACAAAUGCAAAAUGGUUGACUUUGGCUUCUUGGACAGAAUGUCCCACAUGAUCACAUGGCACAUGACAUUGGUGUGUAAAUAGUACCAUGGCACAACUAGUACAAAUCCACACAAAGCAGAUGUAUGUGUAUCUUGGUAAAAUUAACUAUCGUCUAAACAUCGCACAGUAAAUGGAAAAAUAGAUAUAAGGAAAAAAAAGAGGCAAAGUAGCAGUACCUUUUCUUAGCUUUAAAUUGACAAUGGUCAACUUCAUUUUUUUAUUCUGUGAGAACUUCACUGUUUCCAUAAUCACAAAGCAUUUUCCCAGUUUUCAGUUGUAGUUUUAGAUUUUGUUUGCCAGCCCUCAAAAACACAGAUUUCAGCCAGUCCCUUUUGGAAGCUUUUGUGUUUAACACACACUGAUGUUACACAGUUCACAGCAGUAAAGUGAUUUGAUACCCAAAAUUGAGAGAAUAGGCAAAAGAUUGUGUUCAAUUUUUUUCCUCUUUUUACAGUUUAUGAAACUCAGUUUAUAAAGCUGGGGCAUUUUAGAACUCUAGGCAAUUCACAAAAUAGGAUUUGAUUACAUGAACUAUCAAGAUCUAAGAUGUAGUUUUCUUUCCCCUUAUUGCAGAGUAGCAGUUAACCUUGGUUUUUGACAGACAAUUAAGAGACAGCAAUGAUUGUAGUCCUAAAAAUUGACAAUUUAUGCUCAAAAAGAGCACAUACUUCUUUCCUAGCAAAUAAUUUUUGUGCCCUGUUCUGAGCUUCAUUUUUUCACUAUGUAAAAGAUUAGACAUUUUGUAAAGGGGAAAAAGAAGAAAAAAAACACCAGCAAAAAACCACCACAGGUGUGAGGGGCAGCAGUGCCAGGAGCAUGAUUUUUAAAUUGCCUUUGUAUUUCAUCAGUGAGUCCCUGCUGUAACUAAUUUGUCUGUAAUGUCUGCCUUCAAGCUCUCAAACAUUUUGUCCUUACUUCUAGAGGUUUUUAGUUUAUAUGGGGUUUGUUGACUGCAUAGGAUUUUGUGGAGAGCAUUUUAAGUCUCUGUGCUGCCUUGGGGAUCUUCAUAUUUUCUAUGUAGCUGCACUGAAGUGUAAGGGUAUAAAUGCCGUUCUGUUAAUAAGCACAGUGUUAGUUUAUUCAUUUUUUAUGCCUUUAUUCUGAAAGUGGACAUUCAGUCAGAAUAACAGAACAAAUAGAACUGUUCUGCAAAGCCCAUCACAGGUGGCUGUAAGAAUUCACUGGUUUAGGUCUCGUAGUCAUCCUGUAGGGUGUUGUGUUCAAGACACGAGGGUGUCUGUGUGUACAGUAUAUGUGUUCAUCUAGGAAGAGCUAAUCAGUUUAAUUAGCCAAGAAGAGCAGGUUGAGUCCUCUUUUCUGAGAUUGAAGAAGACAUCUUCAGUCAAUUUCUGCAGUGCAUGUCUUAUUUUCCCUGGAAGAUGGCUCACUGAGGAAUUACCAACCUGACGUUAACAGCAGUUGCUACAUUUCCAUUAUGUUUGUGUUAACACAGGUAAGUGAUGAUAAGUUAAUGAUUCCAAUUAGGCAUUCUUUUCAGUAUGCCUGUUUCUUGAGCACACAGCAUCAGUAGCUUCUGGCUCUGUGUCUCCUGCAGCUGAUGAGAAAUGUGACCUCCCAGUUUCAGUGUUCUGAAUUGUUUCAGUCCCACUUUUCAAUUCAAACCUCACUGAUCUUACUUUUUACACUUUUAUAGUGCUUGCAUACAGUAAUACACGUAGACACAACUCAAAAAAUAAAGUGCAGGAAAUCCACCUCUCCAGGAAUGUGCCAGUGAGAGGUUUUCCUUCUUUUUAGAGGAGGUGAGUGAAGUUCCACAUGAUGGCCUUUGCUGGAACUGAUACAGGUGGAUCUAUGCAAUUACUGCUUUGCUGCUUCUGAGCAGAAGUACUGAAAUUCCCAAGUGGUAUGAGCAAAGUGUUAGCAGCUUGCCAGAUUUUUACACAUUGGUGUGUCAGCUCCUGGCUUCAUUUAUUCACAAGACUGAUGCAUCAGCCUACCUGUUUGUCAUGCCCUAAGUCACUUCUGUUUUCCUAAACACUGAAGGGAAGCACUGUGUGAUCAAUUAUUGCUGUAUGAUUGCAGCUUAUAGCACUUGUAGUUUAGAUUGCAGUAGGCAAUUUGUUCUGAAGUUAAUAAUGAAGUCAUAUAAGAAACCAUUUAGAUACAAAAAAUAAAAAACAACAAGCCAUUUAUCUUUCAUUUCUCUAGUCAGCAGUAGAAUAUAUUAAUUAUUUUACUGUCACUUGGUGGUUUUGCACAAAGUAUUUUUGAAGGUCUCCUUUCUCUUAAAAAUAUCGUAUUUAGAAGGAUGAUAAAUUAUGUGUUUCCUUCAUCUUGAUUAGCUCUUAAGAUAGGCCAACACUUGAUGGUGACUUAGCCAGUAAGAAGCAGUGAUUUCCUCAAAAGUAUUCAAAGAUUUAAUUUUUUUGUCAUUUUUGCCAAAGUAUGAAGUAACUGUGCCUCUCUAGCCUUGAUCAGAACUUGCUCCUGAAUCUACACAAACUUACUUGACUGAGCAGCAAAAGACUUGACCUGUAGGAACUUGCCAGAAGGAACAGAUAGCUACAAAUAAAAGGUUACAUCUACUCAUGUUGUUCCAGUACAUGUAUGUAAGAUUCUGUGAAGUAGCUACACAAUAAACUUGCAUUGCAGCUCAAUGAGAAAGUAAGUGAUAAAGAUUCACCCUCAUGUUAGUUUUUAUCCAGACAGUCAGGAGGACAAAGUGGAAAAAUGCUACAUAACAAUGUGCUCUUCCCACAGCAGGUUAUCUAAGUGGUCUCUCUAGAGUAAGUGUUCCCCGAAUUUUGAGCUCAGGAGAGGGAUAAAAACAAACUUGGUAGGGUCUGAUCCGUUGUUUUUUUCCUUAGGUUUGCAAAGAAAUACUUCAGACAGGAGAACUCAAAUCCAAGUCUCCAUUAUCAGUCCCACCAUGACCGUAAUCCCAUUUUGUGUUUAUGACGAAAUCUGAAUAAAGAUAUCCUCUGGGCAAUAAUGAUGUAGUCUAACAAA